CAAAGACCAGUGUGCAGUCUCAGUCUCCUCCACGCUGUGAGUGCGCGGCGCCUCCGCAGAUCGCUCCAGCUUGGAACUAAAGCCCUCCUUGCAUGAACUUGCAUACCUUUACGGCACUUUUCUUGGGCGACUCUCGUUAUUCCCGUUGUGGCUGUUUUCCAGCACGUACUCCGAACCCCGAAAACCAUCGGGACCUGUGAACAGAGAAGCUGCGGGAGUGGUCAGGAAACUUUUGCCAUCAUGUGCACGCAAUCGGUCAACCUUGAUACCUACAGCCUGUCGCUGCUCACGGCCAAAGAGGACAUCCUCAACCCCCGUUCUUCCACCAACUGGGCACUAUUUGCAUAUGAUGGAGUGACCAACAAGCUCAAACUGGCUGACUCGGGAGCGGGGGGUGUGGCGGAGCUGGCGGGGAAGUUCCAUAUCUCCAAGCCUCAGUAUGGACUGUGCAAAGUGGGAAGUGUUGAGACAGGAGCCCCUCGGAUUGCCAUGAUCAGCUGGGUCGGCCCAAAUGUGGAUGACUACCGCAGGACAGAAUGUGCCAGCCACAUUCCAGCCAUCAAGAACUUCUUUAAGGAAGCGCAUGCCUUCAUUAAAGCAGAAAAAGUUGAAGAUGUGUCAGAGGAUAAGAUAAGAGCUGAGAUCAGCAAGGCCCAGGCCCAAACUCCUACGCAAUGGGUGAGAAGAAGCUCCAGGUCCGCAGACAAGGAGGAACUAGUGGGUACAAAUUAUAGAAAAACAAAUGCUGCUAUGGAGAUGAGACUAAUAAACAGAGACUCCUUCUGGGCACGUGCAGAGCGCGAAGAAGAACAGAGGAAAGAAGAGGAGAGGAGAAGAGCGUCAGAGGAGAGGAGGCGCCUUGAAAGAGAAAGAGUUCUGAAGGAACGACGGGAUGCAGAGGAGAGGGACCGAAAAAUGAACGAGAAACUAAAGAUGAUUGAGGAGCAGAGGAGAAAACAGGCGGAGAAGGAAGAGGAGCUUCGCAGGAAGGAGAAAUUAAAAUGGGAGGUGCAGCAGAGGGAGCACGAGGAAGACAUGAGGGCUCGUCUCAGAAGGAGUGAGUCCAUAGAGAAAGCAGCAGAGGCAGCGGCAUUAGUGUCCCAACGCUCCAUGAACCCCAGAGAGUUUUUCAGGCAGCUGUCGUCAUCAUCGUCACAAAGUCCUACUAGCCCUGGAUCCUCUCGCACUGGCAAACCCCUCAGACGGUACCAGCGCAGCCUGACAGAUACAGCCUUCAUCUUUUCCAAGGCGGAAGAGAGCACGGCGUCCUCCCCUCGCACUUCUCCCCUCGUCUCCCCUUUCUCCCGGGCUUCUCCCUCCCCGGUUUACCGCGCCACGUCUCCACCCACGAGCCCCGGUUUCUACCCCGUUAGCUCUCCGCAAAGGCCCAGGGCCCCCAUGUCGCCGCCCACCUCGCCUCUCCGCCCUGCCCCCCCGGUUUUGCCUCUGCCCAGCGUUCCACAACUCCACAACCACGAUCAGUCUGUUUUCGAGCCCAAAGCAACAUCGCCCACAGAGCCUUCCGCGCCUCCGGCCUCCCCUACUUUGUUCGCGUCUUUGUCCUCGAGUUUAGCAAAAGACGACCCCUCUCAGACGCAUUCAGACGUCCCGCCUGUCUCACUCACAAGUAAAACCCAACCCAGGCAUACAGAUUUUUUCUUUGAGCCUGGUUUCCCUCUACAGGCUCCAAGAGCUCCUCUUCCCCAGAAUCCACAUUCAAACACAGACCUCACCGCAGCCAGUCAUGUGCACACUGAGCUGGUCUCAGACACUGGCUACAAAGUACAGGCUGUACUGGUGGAAGAAGAUGAGGAAGAGGACGUGGAGGAGCACGCAAAAGAUGAGCCUGAAACACUACCGGAGCCUCACGCUCCUCUUGCAGAACUAGCCGAGGCUGAGAAAGAAGAGGAGGAGGAACAAGAUGAGGAAGAAGAGGAACACGAGGAGGUGAAGGAGGAGGUGGUGGAAAGAGGAGGAGGAGGAGGAAUUUAUGAGAAGGACGACAACAAGGAGGAAGUGAAGGAUGGAUGGGUUGAGAACAAAGAGGAGGAGAAGGUUAAGGAUGGAUUUAUUGAGAACAAAGAGGAGGAGGUGAAGGAUGGAUGGUUUGAGAACAAAGAUGAGGAGGAAGAGGAGGUGAAGGAGGAGGACGAUGAGAAGGAGGAGAAGAGGGACGAGGGGAUGGUGGAGCAUGAGAAAUGGGACAAUGAGGGUGAGGUUAAGGAGGAGGAGGAGGAACAUGAGGAGGAGGUGGCGGAAGAGGAGGUGGAAGGACUGAAACAGGAAACAGAGCCCGCAUUUUUGGAGGAGCAGGUGGAGAUGACUCACGUUGAAGAGGAGGCAAAGGAAGACGAUGAGGAGAAUAACCAGUCAGAAGAAAGUCAGCCACCUGCUGUCUCUGAAGAGUUCUUAGAGGAGCAAGAAAUCACAGAUACCAAACCAAUUUGUCAAGAAAUCAAACACGAGACUGUAAUCCCAUCCACCAAUGGGAUCACAAAUGGGGACGCAGAGAAGCUGAAUGGCAUAGGGCGGUCGCUGAGUCCAUCCGACACAGAAUGCAGCUCGUCGGAGCUGACCAUGUGCUACGAUCUUCACGGUACUGGAGAGGAGGAUGACAUCGUUGAGGACGAGGAACAGGAGGUCUCAGAAAACGGAGAAGAUGAAGAGGAUUUAGCCGAGCAACAAAUGUGCGUCCGGGCCUUGUAUGACUACCAGGCAGGGGACGAAUCCGAGAUCUCCUUCGAACCAGGUGACAUCAUCAGGGACGUGGAGACGGUGGACAAAGCCUGGUGGAGGGGGAGGAGCAAAGAUGGCCGUCAAGGCUUAUUCCCCGCCAAUUAUGUGGAGACCAUGUAGGCAGAUGGGGACACACACGCAUACACACGCUCAUACACACACACGCGCACACACACACACACACACAUACACACACACACACACACACACACACUCAGGGACGACAUCUCCCCUCACGUUUAUGCAUGUUUUUACCUUAAUCCUCCCACUGAAACUUUGUACUCUCUAUAUUUGUUGGAAGAAUAAAGGCAACGUCACUCUCUGUUUUUUUUUUUUUUUUGUAGAAAAGCAUAAAGAAGAAGUGCGACUCACUAUUUUGAUGUUUUUGGAGAAAAACAAAUUAUUUUCACAAGUGUGCAGAAAUUACCCAGCCUCAUUUUCUUGGAUAUAAUAGCGAAGACCUUUUUCCUGGACCAAAAUAACUUAUUUCUUUUUGAGAUACAGUGGAGAUGUUGGUGGGAGGGAUCAGAUCACAAUGGCAAAAGAUCACAAACUAGCUUUACUUCUAAGAAGCACAAACAGCUUUUUAUAGUGUAUAGUUUUCUUUUUGAUCCACACACAUAACAAGCAUUCCACUCUGCUCACCAUUUGUAUCCAUGUACGAGACAUCGUCUUAUAAUCAUCUUCCUGUAUUUCCUGAGUUAUUUCCUAGCACUGUAUUUGUUACUGUCAGUCUCACAGCACAGUUUAAUUACCCAAACCAGAACAGAAGCAUAACAAAUGAUGAAAAAGCAGAGUAAAAAGUGGUGUUGUGCUUGACACCUGUGCAACUCUGUUUUUUGGAUGGGCUGUAUUUUGUUCAUAUUGCGAUGUCUAUCAGUUCAUCUUGUCACUGUGUUGUUUUUCGUCUGGAUUUUAACAAAUUAACGCACCAUUUAUGUCAAGACAAGUAAAAAAAAAAUCUUCCCCUGUAAUAUCAAACAACUCUACACUGUAUAUAAGAAUGUAUAAAAAAAAAGAAUCAAAGAUUGUCUCUUUUUCUAGUCUUGGUUUGUAUGUUUGUGUUGUAUGCUUGUUUCACCGUAUCUGGUAUGUUCUUUUGUAUUUACUCCAAACUUACAAAUAUAUAGCUUCUACAAACUUAAA